UCUGACUAAAUGUUCAGUCAAUGGUUGCUCGCGAGAUAGGACGCAUGUCGGUUGUGUUAUAAAACCGGUGUUGCGCGGGAGUUGAUACGUUUUUGUUUUUACUAAAUUUUAACAGUGACAGUUGCAGUGUAUCUCCAGUGGAUGAAAUCUGAGGACUGAAAGCGAAACUCAAACAUCUACGUGCGCAGAUAAUCGGAGAGAGUAUGCUGACUAGACUGCUGACGAUAGCACUGGUGGCAGCGAGCUGGCGCACCAGCGACGCUUGUUCGUGCUCACUUGAACAUCCACAGACACACUUUUGUAACAGUGACUUUGUAAUUGUUGGACGAGUUCAAAGACUGUUUAGAGGCAAAGAUUUCUACGACGCUUAUAAAGUGAAAAUCCGAAGCGUUUUUAAGGCAACUCCAAAGGCAACUUUAGCCUUAAAAUCAGGCCGAAUUUUGACGCCUUCACAGGAUUCAUUAUGUGGUGUUAGCCUACAGCCUCGAGAGACCUAUGUCAUUACGGGUCGCGUGAUGCACCUGCAAGCACACGUCCAGCUGUGUAGCUACAUCAGCAAAUGGCGGGAGGUGACGCCUCGACAGAGGAAAGGCUUCCGUGUUUUGUAUAGACAGGGAUGCACGUGCAAGGUGCACAUAAACCGACGCAGUACAAAGUCUCCAAACACAUGUGUGGCAGGCUACGACGAGUGCUACGAACGACAUGGCAUCUGCUUACAUGAUAGGGACAGGCGGUGCAGGUGGACUAGAGCCCCAGCCCUGACCAGGUGUCUACAGAAGCAAUAUUACAACAAUAACAGCACUAUGACUUGAUUCACGAAAACGAAUUACAAUCAUAAUUAAAAAGAGGAAUGGUCAUUUUGUACCCUAUGGCUUGGUAGCAAUACAAAUUAUAAUGAAAGAAUAUAUAUAAAAAUAUUAUGUUGAUAUUAGUAGCGGCACGAAACUCUAGCGCUGACCGUUAUUAGGCAGAAGUAAAAAAUUAGAUACCUGAGGGGGGCUAGCGGAAUGAAGAGCGUCGAUUGGCUCUCCAGUCGCAUUCCGACCCCCGCACCACAGUACACAUGCGCAGUAAUCCCCUCCACGUAUCUACCAGCGCUAGACUUACGUGCCCAUAAUAAUAUUACGAGAACGACGCUAAGGCAGCAAACGAUUCAAACUCUUGUUUCUUUAGAUAGGAAAUAACGCUUCAUGCUUGUACCAGGUAUAUUUUCCUCCAUUCGCGUCACUCAGUAUCAACCAUACAUAUCCUGGGUCGCAGGUGACCAUUUUUCUUAAGCUCCAGAUCCGUUACCGUUGAGUUACUAAUGUAGAAGCUUUAACUUCAGUUUUGUCUCAAAUGUUCUAAAUUAUUUUUGCUUGUAUAUUGGCGUAGGCAGCACGGGCUAUGACUGGUGAUUUUUUAUCGAAUGUACCAAUUGUUACAGCCGUCUAGUUGUUUUGUCUUUAACAGACAUUAUGUAUUAUUUAUUUUAAGUUAACUAUGAUUAAGUGAAAGUAUUGUAAAUUAACAAAUAGGUUUAAGAAUAAAGAGUUAAG